AUGAGAUUGAAAUCUCAAGACCAACUUGAGCAGGGGCAUUAUAGAUAUCUUUGCUUAAAAUCCAAUCAACAUCAAGUGAAAAGCGAAGGCGCCGAGGAUGUCAAGUUCGAAGGACCAACAUUGAGGGAUCGAUGCUCUUCCAAAGAGGACUUUAACAAUGGAUUUAAUGAUGCUUUGGUAGACCAAGAAGAUACUUUCAUUGACGAUAUAGAUGAUGAGGAGAUCGAUGAGGAUCAUGAUGAAUAUUUGAGUUUGAACGACGCUGCCAAACUUGUCAAGGUUGAACUAGGGUCCAAUCCAAUAUUUGAGGAACACUCCAUUUGGGACGAGGCCAAAAGUGGUCUCAAGAAUUUGACAAGAAAGAGAAGAAAUGCCCGAAAAUCAGUGUCCAAGCCCAGGAAGCUCGCCCAAGAAGACACAGAUGAUAUUGAGCCAGUACCCAAAAAACGGCCCGGUAGAAAGCGAACAAAACAUUUAGAUCUUGAUGCGGAUCCGGGUAGCUUAGCUUGUGAGGAAUGUGGUCGGAUUUGUCCGAACCGUGGCGCAUAUCUUCAGCACAAAGAAACGCACAACAAAACCAAAGACUUCAUCUGCAGUCAUUGUGGCAAAGGCUUCAAGAAUGAUCGGUAUCUUCAAUCCCACAUCAGUUAUACACACAUGGGCAAGACAUGGGUGUGUGAUUUCUGCGGCAAAGUCUUCAAACAGCCGUCCUCUUGGCGGCUUCACAAAGCUCAGAAACAUUCUACGGUUCCUCCUAGACGACCUCAUUGCGAGCAUUGCGGAAAGACGUUCAUGUCGAACACAACCCUCAAAUUUCAUCAAGCCGUAGUUCACCAGAUUGGAGAGUACUUUCAAUGCACUCAGUGUGAUCGCAAAUAUGCAGCCCAACUUCUUUUGGAUGAACAUGUCCGCACCAGGCAUAUGGGAGUCAAAUAUCCUUGUGCCGCUUGCGGGAAGAUCUUUCAUCACCGACAAACUCUCAAGAGACAUCAAGUGAAGAAUAAAUGUCCCCCGCCAGAUUCAAACGCAGAAGAUUCUGUGUCAGCGAGAAAUUUGGAUGUUGCACCUCAAGUACAUUCCAAUAAUAACCUCAAUCUUCGUCCUCAUGUUGAGGCUAAAUUUGAUUUGAAAAGUCAGUUUGACAGUCAAGAAUCUCACAAAAAGCUGAUCUAG